AUCCAAACAGCAGCAAUAAAGCCAACUCCUUCGUCUCUAAUUUGUACACUAAAAUUGGCGGAGCAUGGUUUAGUGGUCACGCGAUGUGCGAUUUCGACAUGACUCUACUACCCGUCCCGGUCUCUGACGUACACCGUUGCAAAGACAAAAAAAGAAUAAUCAGAUAAGCCCGUGGCCGAAAUUAGGGCUGGUGCCGUACCCCUUCCAAGAGAUUUUGUUUCCGGUGAUGGUGGUGGUCAACACCUACCUAGAAUGAUAAGACGGUAAAAGGGACUGGAAGAGAACCAGUCUAAUGGGUGAUGGCCAUCGGCAGCGAUAGGGAGUCCCGGGUAUGGUGUGUUGUUAUUUUUGCACGAUAUUCGCACAAAGCGCCACUAGUUUCCCGCAAGCAUACAAUCGCGUUAGCACAAGAUAACGCCCCAGGAGCUCCAUUUCGUCAAUCACGCUUCCGUUACGGUGCGUUGUGAAUCAGAUGAUAUGUUGCGACCUAGAGAGCGAGAGAGGACCAUACAUAUGCCGGUGAUUGCGAUUAUCGCUACAUUCCGCUCCGUGUGACUCAGAGCCCUUCCAUGGGGAAGGGAGGGAACGAAAAUCGUCACUCGCUGGGACGGGCAGUGAGACCUCGAGAAAACCUGUAAACAACAACAUUGUAUGGUUCCGUGCCGUACGGAGGUUGUUUUUGCGACGCAAAUGUUUGUUUUUGUUUUUACCCGGGCCAUCGAUAGCUGAUAUGAAUUGGCAGUGUUAUUGGUGGGUCUAAGGGAGCUAGAGAGACAUUUCAGUUUUGUUGACAAACUAUCUAAAUUAUUCCACUAUUGGCUGAUUACACGUUUCUCAUUCUCUGUACACUACUAAUCGAAAGAAUGUUUGCUUUUCUCUCUUAUUCACAUUCUCACAGAACAAAUAGCGAAUAGUUUAGGACGUAACAGGUCCUCCCGCAUCUAAGCAGCAUACGCAACGGUAGAGUGACAGCAAAAAUUACAGCUUUCAACAUGGGUAGCAGCGAAGGACAAACGUACUGCCUGCGAUGGAACAAUCACAAAUCCAACCUCGUCGAGAUACUGGAUGCCCUGAUCAAAAUGGAAUGUUACGUCGACUGUACGAUCUACGUCGACGAUCAGGUGCAGUUCAAGGCGCAUCGUGUUGUGCUCGCCGCCAACUCACCCUACUUCCAGACGAUCCUGCAGGAUGUCCCGAUGGAUCACUGUAGCAUUCUGUUCCCGGGUGUGCAAGAGUUUGAGAUGCGCGCACUGCUCGAGUACAUGUACACCGGUGAGGUGAACGUAACUCAGGCACAGAUACCGCGCAUCAUGAAGAUUGCCGAACAGCUGGAAGUGAAGGGCCUAUACGAUAUGGCGGACCUGAAGGGUCGCUUCAACAAAAUGGUCGAUGUAGAUCAUUUGAUGCGUGAUCGCGACCCGGCCACAACACUGCUCGCUAGCAACAAUAACUACAGCAGCAAAGGGUCAUCAACUGCUGGAUCAGGAGCGGCGACAGCUUCGUCCUCUUCGUGGAAGGAUGCCCCACCAACGAGUAGUAGUGGCGGAGGUAGUAGUCACUACUCACACCACCAAUAUCAGCAUCAGUCAUCGCCAGUCAUUUCGACCUCGACGAACAUUUCGAUUGCUCAAAGCAGCAGUUCCUCACCGCCGUAUUCGUAUAAAUCGCCGUACUCCAGCCUAUACUCACGCAGUCCCGGUGCUGUAGAGCGUGAUCGUGAACGGGAAGAACGUAGCCGCGAUCGCUCCUCAUCAUUCUCACAUACGGCCACCUCUCCGCAUCGUAUCCAGUCCACCUCGGGUUCCUCGGCAUCAUCGGUUUCGGCACAGAUAGCACUACAAUCACAAGGCGGCAACCAUCAAUCGUCCACACAUCAGUCGAGCAGUUCCUCCAGUGCUAACGCCGCAUCGGCCCAACCGUCGACAGCUGCAGCAGCCGCGGCACUAGCUGCCGGUUGGCCAGGACUCGGUCAAACACAGCUGCACAGCAUGCUGAGUUCGGCGUACGAUUCCAGUACCGAUAUGAAUCCGCUCAAGCGCAAGAAAUUGCAAUCCAUGUCCAGUAUGCUCCGAGAUACUCCAAUUCUGCGAAAUGUACUGGCGCAAGCAAAUCCGGCCGACUCUUCUCAAACAUCCGGCGGAGUAGUUCCGGCUGGUGCAGCAGCAACGGUCGCCACGAUACAAACGAUUCAAGGUAGCAUGAAGUCCGAUCCCGAGAGACCCAGCAGUCAUCACUCCAAUGGCAGUGGUUAUAAGUCAAUCAAGGAACCAUCGCAUUCUCCGUACGCGGACAAAUCCUACGAUGAUGACCUGCUGGACUCGCCGCACAAUUUUGGCGGAGAUGCUCGGUUGGCUUCGUACGUGCCACAUCAACAGCAGAAACCGGAAUGGAAGCGCUACAAGCAGUAUACCCGUACGGACAUCCUUAACGCGAUCGAGUGUGUGCGCAAGGGUAUGAGUGCGUUACAGGCAUCGCGUAAGUUUGGUGUCCCAUCGCGCACCCUUUACGAUAAGGUAAAGAAAUUGGGCAUUACCACCGGACGUCCGAUCAAUAGGGCGCUUAAACGAUCGCCCAGUUCCAGCGGUAGUCCGGCAUCGUUCCCGUAUGGGUUAAGCGGUGCUAGUCACAUGUUCGGUCCAGGCAGUGGUGCACCCGGUGGUUCACAUCCGGGUGAUCAUCAUCAGCAAAUGCCAUCUCAGUCACAACAGCAAGAUGAUGAAGGAUCAGCAGCUGCAGCUGCUGCAGCAGCGGCUGCCAUGGCACACCAUGACGCUGGUCGCAUGAUUAAACUGGAGCACGGAAGCCAUCACGGAUUGCCACCUACGAUCCCACAUCCUGCUGCUGCCUUGCUUGAUCCUUCCUUUCUGCAGCAAGCACUGGAAGCCCGCGGUGGAGACAUAGCAGGCCGUGAGGCACUGCACGCGAUGGCCUUUGCGGCGGCUGCUCAUGCGGCUGUUAAUGGUAUGAGCACGUCCCCGGGCACGCACGGAACUGCACGUUCGCCAAGCCCAAGCGUACUGAUGAAGUACAUGCGCUCGGUCUCGAUGAGCUCUCCCGAGGAUGAACGUCAUCAUCCGGCGCAACAGCAGCAGCGAGAACGAGAGCGAGAACGAGAUCUAGCCGAAGGACAUCCUCAUCGGGACGGGCAUCACCAUAAUGGAUCGGAUCCGGUCUAUGCUAGGCGUGAUCAUCCGAUGGAACAGGAUUCGAUCGACGAUACGGGCAGUGACUGUGGUGAACGACCACCGAGUGGUCCGGGACCGGUGGAGGGACAGGAUGAUCACGUGGAGGAUCUGUCCAUGGGCCCGAAGCGUGACUCAGAGGAACGAGGACCUUCGGUAUCGCCACCACCGUCGUCAGUCGUUCGUGUAACGCAACGAUCGCGAUCACCUUCACCCCAACCGGCUCCACCAUCCCUACCACCCCAGCAGCAGGGUGUCAUCGUGCCAGCACCCGGUAAGUUAAAGGAAGACUACAACAUCCCCAUCAAGCGGGAAAUUAUCGCCGACAGUAACGCACCGUCAGAAUCGUCGUAGAGCAUUAAUCCACCGGUGAUCUCAACCAAAGGAUCACCGACACUGGAUGCUCGUACUACUGCAACUACUACUACUGAUACUAUUACUAUUAUCACUGUGAAGCAUAGACAAAUGCUAGGGAAAAACGGAACGGGUAACUAAGUGCAGAGAGUUUUUUUUCUUUAAACCUUUAUCCACUAGGGAGUACAUUAAGAUUAAUUGACAGAUAUUUGUUAAUCCCACCAUGUUUACAUCUAUCAAUGGGAAACGGUGAAGAUUCGGCAUCGAAUCGAUAACCGUAUCCUUUAUUCCUUUAGUAAUCAACCUUCCAGCUAAUGGGUGCGCCACUCGGCAACCCGAAACCGGAAGGUAAGCAAGGUCCAAACUGUGUCUUCUCGCAAGAAGAACGCGCGCGUUGCAACAUAAGUUACCUUAACGACGUCAUCGAACCGAACCCACCAAUUUAUUUAAACGCCUAGCGCACAUCCGCAAUUGUAGAAGUAUUUAACUAUUUGUUGUAUCCUUCUUUGUUUUAAAUACGUUUAACUUAUCUUAAAACUUUAACCACAACCACACACACACACAUACAGCAACAGAUGAUAGAAAAUCCAACUGGAUGGAGCAUAGAACAACUAUUAGUAUACCGUUAAUAGGGUGUAAAAUUUACGUAAAGUUUGCAGAAAAAGCCAUCAAUUCAUAAGCAUCAGAAUCUCUUUCCCUCUCUUCGUAAGCAUUCUCCUCUUCGUUGAUUAAUUAAAUCGAGAAUCUAUAGACUGAAAAGAGUACUCCCAAAACAAUUAUCCACCCACCUACCAACCAAAAAAAAAAAAACAAACCUCAAGACAUUGGUUUCGUCUGAUGCCUAAAUCAACCGAAACCACAGAUGAUGCGUCUGUAUGUAGUGUCGUUAGUGUGCGCUUUUCUUCAAUGCUUUGCUCACAACGGAAGUGCAAUAGAAGAAGCAUCGAAAGGACGCUAGCCAGCUUUCCCUUUCGUCGUUAUUACGUUAGCUAGGUUUGCAACAUCUAAGAUGAGUUGUUUCUUUAUACUAUUUUGGCCUAAGGAAUGCCUCUCUGGACAGCUGUCUAAAAUUUAAAGUUUCUAUUUCCCAUAACCGUGGAGAGUAGUAGUAGUCUACAACACAACUUAGCUCCCUAAUUCUUUUCCUUUUUCAAAGGUCCUUUUUGAAUAAGUUGCAUGAAUGAAAUGAAGAAGAAAAAAUCUAUUCGGGCUCUAAAGUCUGUACACCAUCGUUUCUUACACUUGGUAGUAAUCUUCGAAAUAUACCUCUAGGGUCCGGGGGUUUGAGUAUACGACACGCACACAACAUGGUUGUAUUUCUUACACUCUGCCCGAAAACUAACACGAAGACUAAAACUAAAAUGCAUCUUUUCCUUACCUGAAAAAAAAACGAAUAAACGAUUAGAACGAUUUGCGGAGAACGUUGGUAUCACCAAAACAUGUACUAUUAGCUCUAUAAUUGCUUAGUGCGUUAAGUUCUUAUAUACACUUUUUUCCCUAGAUUUAGACAUUAGCGGGAAUAUGUUGAAAUGUGUGUGUGUUGCCUUUUUCGUCACUAACUGAUUAGUGUGUAAUGUUUAGUUUAAAGUCGGCCACCACAAGACAAUGUACGGUUGUUUGCUUCUGUUGCAAUUGAAUGAACCAGAAUGCAGCAUGAUUCUACCAUCGAGUGCCUAUAAUUAUGAUGAUUCCUAUAAGCUAGCGCGAAGUGAAGUGAGUAAGGGUAAACACGGUUCCUGCAUUUUAUUUUUAUGUUGUUUCGUGUCUCUGUUUUGGACGCAAGUGCGUACAUCUAUACAUACAUACAUACAUAUAAGAUAGGAAGGAAACUAAUUAGGCUGUACUAUUGUUUACGUUAAGUGGAAAUGCUCUUCAUCAAAUAUUUUCCUAUUAGUACUAGUUACCGGCAAGUGCCCGUAAAUACCGCAGCAAAACGUUAGACAUUAGGUGCGUUAGUUCCCCAAAAAAGGAUGCGUACAUGCGAUUGGAUAAGGUAGCUGUUUCUUUUGCUCUUCUUCAAAUGAAGCCAUAUCUUACCGGUUGGAUGUCAAAGUGAACAAAAAAAAGCAAAUCAAACUAUCUAGCGAGUAAUAGUAGUGGCAAUGAUAAAACAAUGUGUAUAAUACACGGAACAAUGUUGGUUUUCUCAUCGUUCAGAAUAGAAUUGUUAGUUGAUCGUAGUGUAAAACUAGUGUAACGUAGCAAUAGUCGUAGUAAAACGUUUGAUUUAAAAGUUGAAGCAAAAUGAAAAUGAAAGUCCAGCGAGAGAGUUGACAAAUGAACAAGAAAAAUUAAGAAGCGAAAAAAAUGGGAAAAAAUUGAAACAUAAAAAAACAAUGCCAUAUAAAUAUACACACAAGCUAUGUUUAAUGCCUACCAAUAAUCAUAAUGCUAACAUUAAAUCAUAGAAAAGGGUACGACACGAAAUCAAACGAAACUAGCAAAAAGGCAAAGGCGACACGGGAUAAGAAACUUUAUGCUAGAACUAUUAAUGGUACCAUUUGUAUGGAUAAUUAUUGAAAAGACUGAUUAAGAUCCUGUUUGUUGUUACUAGACAUGGGCUUUAACGUACAGGCGUAUCACGCGAGCGAAAAAGAGCAAAAAGAGAGUCAUAAGACAAGAGUAGAGUUGCAUUCAAAAAACAACAAAAAAAAAACCCCGUCCCUUGCGAAGUUACCGGUGUUCGAUCAGCGAGCAAAAGCCCUACCAACCUAAUCAGAUCGUCCUUCAUCCCGUUACGUUGCGCGCAAAUACGAAAGACUGAGUUUACUAUUUACCGACGAUUCUUCGGUUACGAAUGGUUUGGGAGACACCAACCCAAAACUUAGAACACCUGUAACCUGUAUUUAUUUUGUUUAGAUUUUCUUUUUGUUUUACUUUUUCCCGUUUAUCUGUGUUGUAAUUAAAAACUUGCCUUUUAAUAGUUUUCCUGUUUGAGUGCAGUUGGACUGUAUCGCAGCCCAAUAUUUAUACAGCGAUGGUUAUAGAGGGCUUUGGAGGAAGUUGUGAAGGAUGGUACACUAUCUUUUUGAAUGUAUGUAUGCUUGUUAUUGUAUGUGUGUGAGUGGGUGAAUGGAUGCGUGUGUCCGUUGUUUAAUUUUCAAGUUAAAGUGCUGGGGCGAUGCAAUAAACUCAUUGUAGUAAACUGGAACUCUCGGCUUCACUCGUCGCGAAAUUGCAAGGACAUCCUCCAGUAUUGCUAGUUCACAAUUCGUCUCGCAGAGUUGUAAAGUGUAUGUAUUUUAGGUGCCCGUAAGCCCGUAAGCCUUGUAAUCCAAAUUAAGUUUGUGAAAUAGUCAUUGAAUUAUUAGCAGAUCCCAGAUGUCGUGAUCGCACGUACAACUCUCGUUAGUAAAAUGUUAUAUAAAAAGGAUACAUUUCUUGUAACCCACGGUAUGUGCGAGAACUCUUACGAUGAGAUCUGGUCUAAUGGCGGUAUGAUGCGGGGGUUUGGUAUGUCCCCUCCACAAUUAUAGAUGUUG